AUGACUCAUUCCUCUCAGGAUGCUGGAUCUCAUGGCAUCCCCGAAGAAGGGAAACUCUAUGUUGUGGAUUCCAUCAAUGACUUAAACAAACUCAAUCUCUGUCCGACAGGAUCACAACAUCUAUUCUCUUUAGAGGACAAAUUUUCAGAUGCUGACAGGACCCCAGGAAAUGGAAGGCGGGGGCUGUUUUUUCUGGGGCUGCUCCUGGUGUUAACAGUCAGCUUGGCUCUGGUCUUCUUCGCCAUCUUCCUAAUAAUUCAAACAGGAAAUAAGAUGGAGGACGUGUCAAGAAGACUGACGGCUGAGGGAAAGGACAUAGACGAUCUUAAGAAAAUCAACAACAUGAUCGUAAAGCGGCUCAACCAACUGGACUCUGAACAGAACUGA